AUGGACGAGCUUAUUAGCACUUUGUACCAGGUUAGCGAUCCUUUGCAUCCGAAUUAUGGAAAGCAUCUUUCUCGUUUAGAGGCUGAGGAAUUAGUGAAGCCGCAUGAAGAGACGGUCGACGCAGUACAUGCAUGGCUUACUGCACAUGGCAUUGACACCACGGCUGAGACGUCACGAAACUCUGCCGGUGAUUGGAUCUCUGUACGCCUACCGCUAGAGCGCGUCGAGAAAAUGCUCCAUGCGAAAUACAGUAUCUAUCAACAUACGCAAACUGGGGAGAGGAUAGUCCGCACACUGGCAUAUAGUCUUCCACGGGGCUUACACGAUCACGUCGACCUCGUUCAGCCAACGACGAUGUUUGAUAAUAUGCGCAAGAUGCAUGCUACGUUUCACGUAAAUGAGGAGGCAGGUGACUUGAACCUGACGAAUUCCGAGGCAGCACUUCCAGACGUGAUCGGUCCUGCAGGACAGAAUAUAUCUGCGAGCUGCAAUACAACUAUCACGCCAACUUGUUUGAUGCAGCUUUAUCGAACAGAAGGGUAUGUACUUCAGGCAGCAGACAAAGGUAAUCGCAUCGGAGUUACUGGGUAUUUGGAACAGUUCGUAAACUUCGUAGAUCUUCAGACCUUUUAUUCAAAGUUUCGUCCUGACGCGAUUGGGUUCAACGUCUCAGUCAUUUCCGUCAAUGGUGGGCUAAACGAUCAGUCAGAUCCGGGCGUUGAGGCAAACCUUGAUAACCAAUACACGACCGGACUCACAUUCCCAACUCCGAACAUCUACUAUACUACUCCAGGAACAGCUCCUACGAUUAAUGACUCUGUAACUCCACCGCAGCGUGACGAGCCGUAUAUUGACUGGUUGAACUUCGUUCUCUCACAUGAUGAUAUGCCUUUUUCGUUCACGACUUCGUAUGGUGGAGACGAGCAAACUUUUCCGAAGGAGUUCGCAGUCCGAGCCUGUAACCUUUUCGCUCAACUGAGUGUUCGAGGCGCGUCUGUCAUGUUUAGUAGCGGUGACGGAGGUGUUGGAGCUGGAACAUGCCUUACCAACGAUGGCACCAACCGGACGCUUUUCCAACCCGUUUUCCCGGCGACUUGUCCCUUCGUGACCAGUGUUGGCGCGACGUUUCAUAUUGCGCCAGAAGUAGGAAUCGAUUUCUCACAGGGUGGAUUCUCUGUGUAUUUCCCUCAACCGGAGUAUCAAUCCGAAGUCGUCCCUCCGUUUCUUCAAAAGCUUGGGAGUACAUAUGCAGGCUUAUUCAAUCCUGCUGGGCGAGCGGUUCCCGACGUAAGUGCACAAGGCGAAGGAUUUCAGGUGGUGGUAGGUGGUAGGGUAGAGUCUGUUGGUGGCACGUCCGCAAGUUCCCCUACGUUCGCUGCUAUUGUCACUCUGCUCAACGAUGCGCGUAUUGCGAGUGGAAAGCCUCCGCUUGGAUUCUUGAAUCCCCUUCUUUAUUCUGUCGGACUUCCUGGCUUUGUCGAUAUCCUUUCGGGAAAUAACCCCGGAUGUGGUACUCCAGGUAGGUGCUGGGAUGCCAUCACGGGAUUGGGAACUCCAGACUUCAUAAAACUCAAAUCCUUGCUGGUUUGA